CUAAGAGCAAUUUGCGUUUGUUACCUUCAAACCAAAGCUAAAACAAUGGGUUCAGAAUCUUAUCCCAAACUCCCAUUCCUAGAUUUCUCAAAGCCAGAACUAACGAAGCCAGGCACUCCACAGUGGGAAUCCUUGAAAUCCCAAGUUCGCGAGGCGCUGGAAGAGUAUGGCUGCUUCGAGGCAUCCUUCGACAAGAUUUCUGUCGAAAUUCGCACCGCGGUUUUCGAGUCACUGGAAGAGCUUUUCGACCUUCCUUUGCAAACUAAGCUGCGGAAUGUAUCCAAGAAACCCUUCCAUGGUUAUGUUGGACAGUACCCUCAGGCUCCACUCUAUGAAAGCAUGGGCAUCGAUGAUGCCGAUGCUCUUGAAAAAGUUGAAACCUUGACCAAGACGUGGCCUCAAGGAAACCCAAGUUUCAGCAAAACAAUCCAGUCUUACUCGGAGCAGCUUUCAGAAUUCGAUCAAACGGUGAGAAAAAUGAUCGUCGAAAGCUUUGGACUUGAGAAAUACAUGGACGAGCACAUCGACUCCACAAACUACCUACUGAGGGUGAUGAAGUACAAAGGUCCCCAGACCCCUGACACCAAAAUUGGUCUGUACGCUCACACAGACAAGAACAUCGUGACCAUAUUGUAUCAGAAUCAAGUCGAAGGACUGGAAGUGCAGACCAAAGAUGGCGGGUGGAUUAAAUUCCAGCCCUCCCCAAACUCUUUCAUCGUCAUGAUUGGCGACUCUCUUAAUGCAUGGUUGAAUGGUCGGCUGCAUUCAGCCUUUCAUCGUGUGAUGAUGUCUGGAAAUGAAGCCAGAUAUUCCCUAGGUCUAUUUUCAAUCCCAAGAGCUGGUUACAUUAUCAAAGCCCCGGAAGAAGUGGUUGACGAGGAACACCCUUUGGUGUUCAAGCCCUUUGAUCAUGUGGAGUUUCUUAAAUUUUACUACUCGGAAGCUGGCCAAAGAGCACCUUCUGCUUUGCAUGCUUACUGUGGAGUCUAAAACUGUAUCUCUACGAUUAUCGAUAUGAUCCUACGGCCGGUGCUUGUUGACUUCGCGUGUUUCCUUGCUAAGUUAUUAUGAAUAAAAUGUUCG